AAAGGCAAACCGCCCAAGCAGCAUCGACCUCCCUCGGAAUUCUCACUAUCUUCAAUUUUGUUAUUUUUAUCCAGUAGCCUCACAAUCUCCAGCUCAGUUCAGCCCAGCUGCUGCUGGUGUGGUGUGAAAGAAAGAGAGCCAGACUGACUGAUUAAAUUUAAAGAGAUUCAAUGUUUUGCCCUAAAACAAAGAAGAACAACACGGAAUGAGUGGUGUUGUGAAAUUGAAAAACAGCAAAGAAAAAAAUCGUUAACACCAUUGGCGGUGUGAAUUUCUGCACAAGCUAAGCUAAACAAGCUUGGGUCUGCAAUUAGUCCACGAUGAAGCCUCGCGCCGUGCGAAGUCGAAUCCGCCAUCAGGAGCUGAAUCCGGUGUUUCACUGGCAAAACAAGGAAGAGGACGACAAAGUGCUCAGUAAGGCACGCAUCAAGCAGGCCCUCAAAUCCGGAGUGCUGAACUUGGCCGGCCAGGGCUUGGCCACGGUGCCGGAAAAGGUGUGGAAUCUGAGCGACUCGGAGGACUGUGAUAAGGAUGCUGCUGCGGCGGCGGUGCGGUACGAUCUGGACCGGACCAACGAGGAGGACAGCUGGUGGAACCAAAAGUCGCUGACCACGUUGGACCUGAGCUCGAACACGCUCACCAGCAUCAGCGAGAACGUGAAGAAUCUGGGCGAUCUGACGGUGCUGAAUCUCCAAGAUAACGCACUAACCGCCCUCCCCGAGGGGAUCGGCUGCCUCACCAAACUAACCAAGCUGAGCCUGGGCCGCAACAAGCUGUCGGAGCUGCCGGAGAGCUUCUUCAACCUGCGCGAGCUGAAAAGCCUAAACCUGUCGCACAACGACUUUGCCGAGAUCCACGCGAACGUGAGCGACCUCAUCAUGCUGGAAGUGCUGGACAUUUCCUUUAACAGUCUUAACUCGCUGCCCGGGGGGAUCGGCUUUCUGGUGCGGCUUCAGCAGCUAACCCUUAACAAUAACCGGCUUACCGAACUACCCAACGACAUUGUCAAUUUGAGAAACCUUCAUAAGUUGGAUCUGGCCAAGAACGAUUUGAAGCUGCUACCACCGGUGAUGGGGGAGCUGCGGAAGCUGGAAUGUCUGUACGUGCAGCACAACGACGUUGGCGAGUUGCCCGAUUUUACCGGAUGUGACGCGCUGAAGGAGUUGCACAUCUCGAACAAUUUUAUUAAGUCGAUCCCGGCUGAUUUCUGCGAAAACUUGCCCCAGCUGAAGAUCCUCGAUCUGCGUGACAACAAGAUCGAGAAGCUGCCGGACGAGAUUUCGAUGCUUGCCAGUUUGACGCGGCUGGAUCUGUCGAACAACUCGAUCAGCAGCUUGCCGUCUUGCUUGUCAACGCUGGCUCACCUGGUGAGUCUGCAGGUCGACGGCAAUCCGAUACGAUCGAUCCGGCGAGAUAUCAUUCAGUGUGGUACGCAGCGAAUCUUGAAGACGUUGAAGGAUCGCGAUGGUCCGGGGAAGAGUUCGGAGAAGGUUCGAGUGCCGUUCGAGGAGAGUACCUUCCCGGAUGUGUACCAGAUGAAGAAGGGUCGAUCGAUGAUCGUGAGCAACAAGAAUCUGAUCGACAUCCCCGAGCAGGUGUUUUUGGAUGCGAUGGAAGCUUCGGUGUACAACAUUGAUAUCAGCAAGAACAAGCUGAUGGAAGUUCCCGCGGGGCUGACUCAUCUGGCCAGCAUAAUGACGGAGUUGAACGUCAGCUUCAACGCGCUGAAAACCAUCCCGAUGUUCUUUUCCCAAUUUGAGCGGAUCAGCUAUCUGAACGUAUCCAAUAACCAGCUGACCGAUCUACCGGAAGUUGUUGGCUUGCUAGUCACGCUGCGCGAACUCAACGUCGCAAACAACCAGCUGAAGCAGAUUCCUCCGUGCGUCUACGAGCUAAAAGGGCUGGAGAUUUUGCUGGCCCGGGGUAACAAGAUCGAGGAGCUCGACGCUUCCGAGCAUGGGCUAGGCGCACUGCCCCGCCUGGCCACGCUGGAUGUGGCCAACAACAACAUCAAGCAGGUUCCGCCGAUCCUCGGAAUGCUUAAAAAUAUCACCACGCUGGAAAUCAUCGGAAAUGCUUUCCGCCAACCACGCCAUCAAAUCUUGGAAAAGGGCACCGAGUCCAUAAUGGCUUACCUGAGGGACCGGAUACCGCAGUAGAGCGUACCGUAGCUUCACCGCACCCGCCACAAGAGAUUACAAAUACAGCAGCUUGUUUUUAGUCAUACCCACGCAACGCAACUCAGUCAAGUCAGUUUCAGAAUCUAAAAUAAAGUUUAUU